AUGUCGAACGGAAGAGUGACGCUCAACUCGGCGCAAGCCCAACAGGAACUCACCCCCGAGCUGCGCAACGACAUCUAUUCCGCCCUCCUCUGCGGCACCGGCAUCCGCAACAUCGAAUCCACCCUGAAUCAGGAGCUGCAGCAAUCCGGGUGGCUCGACAAGCUUAGGGGAUAUAUGGUCCAGCAGCUGCGCGACGGCGAGGUGACCAGCGUCGAUGAGUUGAUGAGCAAGGUCAUGGAGAAGCUCAGGGGCAAUGAUGCGGAUGCCAAUGGGACUACCAAUGGCGUCAAUGGUGUUAAUGGACACGCUGAUACCGAGGAGGUCGAUUUGAAAAUACCAGAUAAGGUCUUGAAGGAUGGCUCAAAGGUCGUGAGGCAAGAGUUGCAGCGUGUCUGCGAGGUCCGUUCUCUCGACGAGAAGUGA